UGGAGCACAAAUUGGAAAUACGAUGAAUAAGUAAAACAAAUUAAAUGUUUAUGCACGCUUGCAUGCGUAGUUAUUAAAUUAAUGAUAUCUGUUCUUACACCUUGCGUGUUUGAAGAAAAGAGGUUUUUUUUUAUAGUGAGAUAAAUAUGUAUCUAUAUGUAUAAGUAUCGGAGCACAUGACACGGAAGCAUCUGCGCAUUAUAAACAUCCUCAUGAUAAACUUCAACUCAUCAGUAGUUCAUACAAACACCCGUCUAAACAUGCUAACAUACAGUCUGCUGUUCACGAUCUCCUGCUUACUCGGGUGUACUGCUGAGUUUUAUUUGUUAGAUGAUCGGAUCGGAUUAGGGAGAGAAUUUGAUGGAAUAGGUGGAUUAAGCGGAGGGGGAGCCACUUCACGACUUCUUGUGAAUUAUGAAGAGCCGUAUCGGACUCGUAUUUUGGAUUUCUUGUUCAAGCCUAACUUUGGAGCUUCAUUGCACAUACUAAAAGUAGAAAUGGGAGGCGAUGCUCAAACCACAGAUGGCACAGAACCCUCUCAUAUGCGCAGUAAGGAUGAAGGCAAUUUUUUCCGUGGAUAUGAGUGGUGGCUUAUGAAAGAAGCCAAGAAGAGAAAUCCAAACAUCAAGCUGAUUGGUCUUCCCUGGGCAUUUCCGGGAUGGGUUGGAGAAGGGACCCAAUGGCCUUACUUCUUCCCAAAUGUUACUUCCGACUAUGUAGUUACAUGGAUCAGUGGAGCAAAGCAGCAUCAUAACCUUGACAUUGAUUAUAUUGGGAUAUGGAACGAAAGAAAAUAUGAUCCAGUAUACAUUAAGGUGCUCAGAGAUACUUUGGACAGAGCUGGUUAUACAAAUAUCGGCAUCAUUGCUGCAGACGGAGACUGGUCCAUUGCAGCUGCCAUGCUGAAGGAUCCAUAUCUGAAUGAUGCUGUUGAAGUGAUAGGUGUCCACUACCCAGGCACCAAAACGGUGAUGGAAGCUCUGUUAACAGAGAAGAAGCUUUGGUCCUCUGAAGAUUACAGCACCUUCAAUGACGACAUCGGUGCCGGAUGCUGGGCUCGCAUCUUAAACCAGAACUACGUGAACGGCAGAAUGACCUCGACUAUAUCCUGGAAUUUGAUAGCAAGUUACUAUGAGAAUCUGUCCUUUGGUGGAGAUGGGCUGAUGACAGCUGAUGAGCCUUGGAGUGGACACUAUGUAGUGGAAUCUCCAAUAUGGAUGUCUGCGCACACUACUCAGUUUACACAACCAGGCUGGUUUUAUCUGCAGACUGUAGGGAAUCUCACCUAUGGAGGUAGUUAUGUGGCUUUAACGGACCGUAAAGGGAACCUCACAAUUGUUAUCGAAACCAUGACACACAAUCACUCUCAAUGCAUUCGACCUCCUCUACCGCACUUUGACGUCUUUCCUCAGAUAGCUACAUUUCAGCUCAAAGGUUCUUUUGCACAUCUCACGGACCUUCAAGUGUGGUACUCCAAAUUGGAUUUUGAGACCAAAAACGAUACACUGUUUCAGAGGGGCAGUCCUAUAAAGGUCUAUAAUGGUUUAUUCACUUUAAAACUAAAUGUUGAUGAGGUUUACACAAUCACAACAGUCCACACUGGACAAAAAGGCACUUACCCAGAGCCCCCCAAAUCUCAGCCGUUUCCAAAGAACUACUCUGACGACUUCACUAUAGAUAACCCUCCAUUCUCAGAGGCCCCAUAUUUUGCAGAUCAAACUGGGGUUUUUGAGUACUUCAGAAAUAGCAAAGAUAAUGGCUCGCACGCCUUUACCUUACGGCAGGUGGUCACCGAACGACCAGUGACCUGGGCUAGAGAUGCCGACCAGACCAUCAGCAUCAUAGGGGACCACAGCUGGACAGACCUCAAUGUAUCCUGUGACGUCCUAAUUGAAACUCCCAUCUCUGGAGGUGUGUUCCUGGCGGCCCGGGUUGAUCAAGGUGGAGAAUCCGUCAGAGAAGCAAAGGGUGUCUUUUAUUGGAUUUAUGCAAAUGGAACCUAUAAAGUGACAAAUGAUAUAGGUGGACGGAGAAUUCUUGCUGAAGGGCCGUCAGGAACAAGGGAAGGUGUAUGGUAUACCUUAACCCUUAGAGUCAAGGGAUAUUUCGCCACCGGGAUGCUGAACGGCUAUCCGCUGUGGAAGAAUGCUGUUGUUCUUGAACCCAAUAACGGCUGGGCUGCACUAGGAACUCUCUCUUUUGAAUAUGCACAGUUUGAUAAUUUUGAAGUGAACGCAGAGUAAUUUGCGCCAACCACACAUCAAUCAUGUUUACAAGAUCAUUACACUUUUGCUGCUUAGACGUUUUUCAAUGUUUUUUUUAAUGCAAAAAAAAAUGUGAUUGUCUUCAUUCAGUUUUUAUUUCACUUUCUUUUUGGGGUUUAUGAUUAAGGAAUGUAAGUGUGAGGCGUUUAUUUUCUUCAAAAAGGGAUGCUUUGUGCUGAUUACUGUUUGUGAAAGAAAUGAAUGACUGACAUAUUUAAUGAAGUUUAUGUUUUAUAUGAAAGCGUUUAAUAAUAAACAUACCUAAAAUUGCGGAAAAUAUUAAAUUAAUAGGAAUGACUCCUUUUUAAUAGUGUUGUAUACUGUUACAGGACUAUACACGUGCAUAGACACAUGAUUUCUGUGUGUCUUCAACCGAAGACUGGGAAUAUCCUACCCAUCACAUAUAAAUUACACUUGGGGUUUGUUGACGGAUGAGUGAAUGUAAAACUUGUAAAAUAAAAAAUGUAAAAAUGAAUAAACAACUGUAUAAUUGUAUAA